AUGCGCGGCACCCAGCGCAUACGGGGAAAGAGAUGGAGCAUCCCCACACGCGAGGAGCAUCCGGGCGCCGACAAGCUCCCGCUAACAAGAAAACCGGCACACGGGGCCUUUGCUCAGCCCUGCCUUCGGCCGCAGCCCGUCCUGGAGGGCCGCUGGACCUUCCUCGGCUCACAGCGCUGCAUCUCACCCACUUCGUCCACCGAAACCUCCUCUGCAAAGGGCUCCCCCAGCGUAGGGCAUCCCGCGGCCCGGGCCUCCAGCAACGCCAAGAGAGGCUCGCACACGUGGCGGGACCAAUACGGCAAGGAUUGUGAAAACGCUCGGUUUUGCUACGGAGGGGUGGGACAGGAGGUUGCUUUUCUCGGUGCUCCUAACCCCCUGUCUCCAGUCGCAGGGCUGGCCCUCGUCGGCUGCAACUUGAUUCAGUUCAGUUCAAUGAUUAAGCAGAAGACCGGGAAAUCGCCGCUGUCCUACAAUGGUUACGGCUGCUACUGCGGCGUGGGGGGAUCCAAACAGCCGCUGGAUGCGACCGACUGGUGCUGCCAUGCCCACGACUGCUGUUACAAGAAGCUGUCUUCCUCUCACUGCAGACCCAAACUGGUCACGUACAAAUACUUCACCCGGGGACGCCAGAUAAUCUGCGGAUCCACAUCUCAGUGCGAAAGACAGAGCUGUGAGUGCGACAGGCAGGCGGCAGAGUGCUUCCAAAGGACAGCCGCGACCUACCACAACUAUUACAAGAAUUACCCCAACUUUCUGUGCAAGGGCCGAACUCCCUCCUGCUAG